AUGAUGCGGUCCGAUACGAAAUCCGCCUGCUUGGCAUUGGUCUUCUUGGGUCUCAUGACUUUAGCCGACUCCAUCACCGACAGUCUUCUCCCCGCUCUCGCUGAUGACGCUCACACCCAAUCAGGCCACUGGAAUCUAGGCACUGCGGCUCUUGUGCUCAAAGGCGUGUCUGAUAUUAUUGGCCAAUUUGUGAUUGGCUAUGUUCUCAACACCAGGUCCAAGCAUCAUGCCAUGAAUCUUAACGCCACGAGUAUCCUUGUCGCCAGUCUCGUCACCUUGUUGAGCUUAUGCUACGAACAACAGUGGCCUAUCUUGGUUGCUGUAGUGGGCCCUCUAGUAAGAUGUAUCGCAGGAGGGUCUCAUGCCUCAGCAUUUCUCAUACUCUCUAUACUCCAUGAUCAAGCCCCCACUCAUUACCGGUUUGCAAGUUACUACUGCACAGGAGCUGUUUCAGUCGUAGCUCAGUCUCUAGGUCCAUUCUUUGCCUCUAAACUUGCUGAUUCCAGUCACCUCUUGCCUGGGAUACUGUCCGGAACCUGUUGCCUUAUUGGUUUUGGGAUUGCUGAUUCCAUGAAGUCUGCGCAUUGCGAGAGCAACAAUUCUAGUCAUGAUGAGUCCACUUCCUUGCUGCCUAAUCACCAACACGAUGUUGAGCCUAAGAGCCUCGAUAUUUCGGUGACGGAGUACUUAUCUAGAUGCUUUGGCAAGAAGUCUCUGAUCAAAACUUCAAGUCUUGUAUUUCUGCCACAAGUGCUUUUCCUCAUGGCUAUUUGCAAAUCAACUCGACCGCUUUUCAAAGCAUACAUUCAGCAUCGAGAUGACGUUAGUCCUGCCGAGGCCGAAGCUUUGUGGCUUCUCCGUAGUGUCAUGAGCGUUGUUAUCUUUGGCAUCAUCCUACCAGGCAUUGUUCUGCACACUGCACCGAGUGUCCCAUAUCCUAACAGUGUCAACCUUCACGCCGCCCGAAUCAGCGUUUUAUUUAUCUCCAUUGGUGCUUUCAUGAUAGGUCUAUCAGGGUCUCUGCGCUCCAUUACAGCAGCCCUUGUGAUAAAUACUCUGGGUGUUGCAACUGAUCUGAGCCUGCUUGCCUUUGCAUCGAGUGGCUUUAGCAGCUCUGAUGCAGGAACUGUCAUGAUGACUUUGGCAUCGAUCGAGAGCGCUGGAACAUUGCUCGGGAUUGGUGUUUUAUACCCUAUCUAUCAGUGGAGUAUUAACGAAGACCUACCAUUUCUGGUAGGGGGCGUUCCUUACUACAUAUGUGGGUCUCUUUACGCCGUCACUGCCGUAAUUGUGUGGUCUUCAAGAACGAGAAGCCAAGCUACUGAGUCAUGA